AUGGACGCAAACGUGACGGUAAAUUGUGUUCAUCCCGGGGUGGCGAGAACUAGACUCACUAGAGAUCGCGAAGGCCUCAUUACUGAUUUUUUGUUCUUCUUGGCUUCAAAAUUUUUGAAGACGAUUCCUCAGGCGGCUGCUACGACUUGCUAUGUUGCUACACAUCCAAGACUCGUAAAUGUGAGUGGAAAAUACUUUUCUGAUUGUAACGAAGCUUCAACCUCCAACCUAGGAUCCAAUACGACCGAGGCUGCAAGGUUAUGGAUAGCAUCGGAAAUCAUGGUUAAUUUCAAGGGCGUUAAAGACACUUUAUCCCUUGGAUUAAGCCAUAUUAAUCAAAAUAAAUGA